UUACCUCGAGAAAAUUAGUUUUGCCCCAAAAUUAGUAUUACAUACCUUUUGGCAUGGAGCAGGAAUUUGCAGAUCAGACAUGGAAUGGAAGGCUCCCAACAGCAUCCCCGUCUAAUUCUUCGCAAUUUUCUCUCUCUAGAUGCCUGCAAGGAAUUGGAGUUCAUACAUAAAAGCUGUUGUACAGUUGGUUAUAGACAAAAUGUUUUCUCCACAACUCUCUCCCAUCUUAUUGCCACUAAUUCUUCGCAUUUUAUCAUUCCCUUUGUCCCUAUCAGAGAGAGGUUGAAGGAGAAAGUGGAGGAGCAUUUUGGAUGCGAGUAUGAAUUGUUUGUCGAAUUCACUGGACUCAUAAGCUGUGGAUAAAGAAAGAAAGGAUUUGCUCAGCCUAAGUAGAAAUCAGGACAUCUGGUCACAAGAAGGCGGCAAUGUCCCGAGCUGGUGCAGGGGUGCAAGUAUAGGAUGGCAUAGUGAUGAUAACAGAGAUUAUCUUAAGCAACGGGAUUUUGCAGUGCGUAUCCAAAGCUAUCUUUCAUAUUUCAUUUUUCUUUCUUGUUAUCAAAUUCAUCUAAUACCUUCUUAUCUUUUUGUACAUCUUUGUUUUGAACUUUUGGAUCAAUGCGAGUAUAUGCCAAGAUUUUAUUUUAUUUUAUUUUUUUAUUUUUUUAUUUUUUUUCCUUUUCUUUGAAAGGCAGCAGAUAUGUAAAACCUUUAAUUUAGGAAAGUGAAUGAUGUGCCUUUUUCAUUGUUGACAGCCUCUCCAUUAUUUGAGAACCCCAUGUCCGAAGGCAUAGCAACAACUGUUAUUACAUUGGAGUACUUGAGUCGUUUGAUUCCCAUUUUAUUCUAAUAUGCUAAGUUGCUUGGGCAUGGACACUCGAUUUAAUUUUUAAAAGUUUAAAUUUUAUAUAUCUUUAUUUGUAUACAUUUUAAGGGUUGUUUGAUCCCCAUUUUUUGAAAAUUUAUUUUUUCA